AUAGCAAGGGAGGCGGCCGCGGGGGAGGCUGCUGCGAGCCCCAGGGGCGCGGAGCAGAGCAGGGUUCGCAGCUCGGCGCGCAUCCCCCCGGCUCGCCAGGGCUGCGAGGGAGGCGGCGGCGGCCACGGCUCAGGGAGCGCGUCUGUGCUGGGAGAGAGCGCGGCCGCUGCGGCUGGGCUUCGGCGACCGCCCAGGGCUGAGGAUGCUCCUGCUCCUGGUCCUGCCCUUGCUGCUGGGGGCGGCUUGCGCAGCUCCGGCGGCGGAUGGAGGCGCCCAGCUGCCGCCCGGGGAGCCGGAGCCGGAGCCGAGUUUCCCUCGGGAGGAGGCCAGUCUGAACGAAAUGUUCCGCGAGGUGGAGGAGCUGAUGGAGGACACGCAGCACAAGCUGCGGAACGCAGUCAAGGAGAUGGAGGCUGAGGAAGAAGGGGCAAAAAACCCAUCAGAAGUUGACUUUGAAAACUUACCUCCCAGCUACCAUAAUGAAUCCAACACAGACACCAAAAUUGGUAAUAAAACCAUUCAUACUCACCAGGAAAUUGACAAGGUUACAGAUAACAAAACUGGAUCAACAAUCUAUUCUGAGACUGUUAUUACAUCUAUAAAAGAUGGAGAAAGCAAGAGGAAUCAUGAGUGCAUAAUUGAUGAGGAUUGUGAGAUAGGGAAAUAUUGCCAGUUCUCCAGUUUUGAAUACCUAUGUCAGCUCUGUAAAACCCAACAUUCACCUUGCUCCCGAGAUGUUGAAUGCUGUGGAGACCAGCUUUGCGUCUGGGGUGAAUGUGUGGAAGCUGCUUCAAAAGGCGAGAAUGGCACAAUUUGUGAAAAUCAACAUGACUGUAAUCCUGGGACCUGCUGUGCUUUUCAGAAAGAUCUUCUGUUUCCUGUGUGUACUCCAUUACCUGCAGCAGGAGAACCUUGCCAUGAUCCUUCAAACAAACUCCUGAACCUGAUCACAUGGGAACUGGAACCAGAUGGAGUGCUUGAGCGCUGCCCAUGUGUACAUGGCUUGAUAUGCCAGACUCACAGCCACAGCACCAUGUCUGUAUGUGAAGUGUCUUUUAAUGAAACCAGAAGUAACGAAAAGGAAGAGCCUUUGCUCAUGGAUGAAAUACCAUUUCUUGGUUUGAUACCCAGAGACGUGCUUGACGAUUAUGAAGACAGCAGUAUCAUUCAGGCAGUGCGGAAGGAAUUAGAAAGCCUAGAAGGAAAUAUUUCUGAACAGACAGAUUUAAAGGAGCCAGACUUAGCUCAUGAUCUGCUCUUUGGAGAUGAGAUUUAAAUUAAACACAGGGUAGACUGGUCACUGACAUGAUACAAAUUAAAUUUCUAGAAGUGUCUAGUAUUUUGCUUGUAUGAAUUCUGAACACACACACUGCUGGAUAGAAGUGCAAUAAAUAAUAUUUUAAAGGGGUUUCUUCCUAUUCUCUUCCCCAAAACUUGCAGACUUUUUUUUUUUAAUCCAAGCAGAAGGUUGGACUAAACUGAAUCAGAAAGGUCAUAGGUUUUUUUUUUGACUAGUUACUCUGUCCUGGGUACCAAAAUAAACUUACUAGUUUGAUAUUAAGGGAAAUGAGCAUAAUGUGUCAAACUGUUAAUGUUUCAUACAUAAUCAUUUAAAUUAUUGGUGACCCUCAAGUGAAAGUUUUGAGCAUUGCAUUUUCUGUACAUAUGUUUGGAAUGGUUGUUAUUGUUCUGGGGUGAGGAAGAACCCACUUCUUCAUUUAGGUUGAUUAUUUUCGGGCAUUGGUCUUCAGCCAUGUAUGUGUUUCUUUUAAAAAUAUAUAAUCACAGUGAAGUUGCAAUAAAUAUAGCUUCUGCUCAGUUAUUUGAAGCCUGGGGGAGGCUGGGAAGGAGGAGAGCUUUAUCCUUAGUUUCAGAGAAAGCACAUUGUAAACAGUUGAAAGUGAAGUUUGGUACUGAGGAGGUGGCAAAGGAUCUCAAACUCAUGUCGCACCACUAGCUGUACAGAUUUUGGAGGACUGGGCUGAUAGCUUAAAUCAGCAUCUCUCCUACACAGCAUUUGUCAGUGUCAACUCCAUGAGAGUUAAUACUACUCCUUGCAGCAUUAACUCUCUUUCACAGUUACCUUCAGGAAGGCUUGGAUUCCUCCUCCCCCCCCCCCCCCAUCUCUUACGUAGGUUUGGAAUUUUGAACAAAGUCCAGUGAAGAAAACAUCCCCUUUAACAACUUCUGUAAAACAAACAAAAUAGGAUUGGGGCAAAUGCACAUUCAUUAGGGUGAUAUAUACUCCACAGAUGAAGCUUUCCCCCGUUCCUGUUGAAACAAACUCCACCACUCUUCCAUGUAAUCAGAAUGUCAAAUAUCAAGCUACUGACAAGUAUGUUUCAGACUUACUAUACCAGAGAAUUGUCCCUGCAUACAAGAAUAGGCUGCUUCCCCUUACCUUCCCCAACAGGCCGGCCCUAUUGUUAUAAGCUGCCCUGCUUUGAAGUGAUUGCCUAUUAUAAAAAGCCCAAAUCCAUCACCUUCCUGUAAAAAGUCCUGUGUUUGACCUUUCAAGGAAGUGCUUUCUCUCAAAGUAUUACCCUUACUUACUGUCACAGUAAUACUGCUGCAGUAUUCUGUCUUCAUGCGUAAUACACCUCUACCUCGAAAUAACGCUGUUCUCGGGAGCCAAAAAACCUUACCAUGUUAUAGGUGAAACUGCCUUAUGUUGAACUUGCUUUGACCCGCCCCCGCAGAGCACUGCUUUACCACGUUCUAUCGAGGUGAAGGUGAACUUCCUGGCAUAAGGCUAUUUAAUAAGGCACUGGGGCCACAGUUGUAGGUAGGUCAUAUACUCCAAUAAAAAGCAUGCAUAGGUUUUUACAUUAUAGGGAGGUGGGGGUGGAACCACUGUUCAUAUGGAACAUUACAGAAGGAUCAGAUUCUGCAGCCCUUUCAAAGAGCCAUCUUUGGCCCAUAUAAAUCAUGUGCUAGAGCAGUAGGAGAGGUUUUUUUUUUUUCCCAGAAACAUGGUUGAGAUUAUUGUGAGGAAAAGGAAUUGGACCUUAGAUCCAACUAUGAGAAGGAUGAAAAAAAAUUGGACUUUGUGUUACGUCAAAGCUAGGACAACUUGCCAUGUUCCUUAAGGGAAGAAAAGGCCAUGAAACUGUCUAGGGUGUCUCAAAGCAAAGGAUUCCCUUCAUACUCUUCAAGUUUGAGGUCAGGAGCAUGAAGAACAGUCAUUCCUGUGGAAGAAACCUCUUUCACAAGGACUCCAACAGAAUAGAAGCUACCCUUGUUAGCAUUUCGCUGCAAUUUUGACAACCAUACUUCACCAGAGCCAUGUCAUGCAAUAACCUGAAAAGUCUCAAUCCUCAGAAGCACAGUGAGUUUAAGCCACAGCUGAAACACCUGUUGCUGGCUAUAGCAAUCAGUGAAUGGCUCCACACAGCUGGCAUAACCUAUUUACCACACCACUUCCCUUCUUUCAUAUGGAAGCACCCCAGGGUACAUUUUACAUAUACACAGUGAACAUGAUCAAGGUCAGAAAAGCUCCAGGGCCUUAGUUACAAAAAAUUUCGAGACUGGCUAUUCAAGACUCUCAAUAUCACCUGAUGAAAAUAUUACCUGGUUCAUUCAGACAAAAACUGGAAUAAACUGACAAGUGGCAGUCAAAAUUCACAUCUGCAAGCCGAAGUAAUAUAAGUUCUUCUGGCAGAUGGGUCACUCAGCCUACAUGAGGGUGAUCCAAAUAAUUCUGAGCACAAAAGCACUGGCACAGCAAACAACUCUGAGUAGUGCUUUACAAAAGAGGGCAAGUAUCAGCCUUUCCCUUUUAGAGAUAGGUAGGGUCCUUCGUUUUCAGUUAUUUUAUUUCAUUUUCCCUGGGAAUUUAUCAGUGUUUAUUACCUCAACAACAAAAACAGGUGAAAAUCAGUGCAAAAAACGACUCAAUUUUUCUGGGUAAAUAUUGGGGUUUAUAAAGUAUGCAACAGAUUAAUGCUUUGAAGUCCGUUCAUCAAUGUGGUUUGCUGCAGAACUAAAACAGAACUCAAAACAAUGCCACCUCUGAGUUUAAGGAAACAAUACCUCUCUGAACCCCAAAUAAAACUUUUCAUUUGAACAAACAGCUAACUUGUAGACUUAGACCUAUUAGCCUAUAAAUAUUUACAUUUAAUAAUUGGGCCACACCAUUUGCAGCGCACACACUCAACUUCAUCCUUUUCUCCUGUUUGUAUUUUGUAAACUUUUGAAUGCUUCAUGUUCUGAAACGUAUUCUGAUAGAUUUUCGUUUUCUUCCCAUUUUAGUGUCUCAAAUCUUUAAACCAUUAUCAGCCAACAGCUUGAAAUGUGUAGAUGGUGGGCAUGAGAUUCAUCAGUACAUUCAGAUGCACAUGCACUUCAGAGCUUGCAUGCAGGCCGGUUUGCUUAUUGUGUGCGUCUUCAGGACUAUUACAUAGCCUUACUUCAAGGGGCAGCUUUGCAUAUACAGACUAAUGUAUUAUCGUAAUA